AUGCUUGACCACAUUCGCACGUAUCCGAUUCCGAUGCACCGAUCCUGUGCAGCGUGCUGGAGAGAUAAUCAUUUCAUCGAGAAUGGUGACCUUGCUGUAAAGUACGUCGUAAUCAUCUACGGCUUCUUGGAAUCAUUGAUUGAUGAUCUCUGCAAAUUCUUCAAACCCCCCGAGAAUGACCCUGUGGCUAUGCAAGUUGCUAAUUCUUUGCUCUCAUCGCUCAACAUCUCAAAGCUCAACGCCGUAGCUGCGGGUGCUCCAGAUGACUCAAUGCUACAAAGCCUAGCUCUUCUGAAGGUCAUGGUGCUGCAACUUCAACUCGGCGCUCGUGAUGCAGACAAGGUUGAUGAGAAGGAUAGGUCAUUGCGUGAGACAGGAAGAAUGGAUGAGAGAACGAAAAUGCCAACUGGUGUCUUCCGAAAGGGCACGACCUCGACAGAUGUCCUGGUGGAGUGGAAAUGUAUCGACGGAGCACAUAUUCCUCCGGAGCACUCAGCAGCGACAUACCACGCGAUGGCAGGAAAUCGCAUCAAGAACCUUGCGCGUCUUCUGAAAUGGGGUUCUAGGCUUGAGGACCUCAGAAUACUAGACUGCAAUCGGUGUUAUUAUGCGAGAUGGACUCUCCGACGACGAAGUCCGAUAGGUGACCCAGAGCGCUGA